GCCAUUGACGCGCGACCGCCCGAGGCGCUCACACAGUGGUCUCGGCGCGCAUAACGCGCAUUACACUAACGGCGAAACUUGUGUCGAUGGACGCGCAUCAAACGGUGUGAUCGGUCGCUCCGGCAGUGCAAUACUAGUGUAUAAUCAUUAGUCGCGUGGCCUAUUGGGAUCGUCGCCAGCAUGGACGCGGUGCUGGCAGCGCUCGUAGCGCUCAUGGCACUGGCAGCCGCGAUGGCCGCCGUGCUGAGCACGCUCUCCAAAGCCGCGAUUUUCGCUCUCCUGGCGAUCGCGCCCUGUGUAUACCGCUACAGGAAACGCAUUUACGUAAUCGUCAAGACUCUACCCCGAGAUCUCAAAUUCUUGUGCCGCUACGUGAAAGGCAUCGUCCGACAGAAGAUAUGGGGGCUACAGGAUGCCACGGUCGCGGGGCUGUUUACAAAACGCGCGGCGCUCAUGCCCGACGCGCCUUGCUUCAUUGUCGUCGGGGACCGCACCUGGACCUACAAGGAGAUGGCUGCCAAGUCUAACCAAGUGUCACGCGUGAUGCAAGAGCACGUCAACCUGAAGCGCGGCGACGUAGUGUGCGUGUUCAUGCCCAACUGCGGCGAGUACGCGUGGACGUGGCUUGGCAUGGCUAAGCUCGGCGCCGUGUCCGCACUCAUCAACAGCAACCUGCGCCACAAGCCGCUGCUGCACUGCAUCCAGGUCGCCAAGGCCAAGGCCAUCGUGUUCUCCGACCAGAUGGCGGACGCCGUGGCCGAGGUCCGCACCCAGCUGCCGGCUGACAUGAAGCUGUUCCAGUUGUACGGCACGCCGGCUCCCGGCGUCCUGGACUUCGGCGCGGAGAUGGAGCGCCACCCGCCCGACUACCCGCUGGUCACCGACCCGCCGCACUACAAGGACACGCUGCUCUACAUCUACACUUCAGGCACGACCGGAAUGCCAAAGGCUGCCGUGCUGCCUAAUUCCAAGUACCUUCUAAUCGUGCUGGCAACAGUGCACAUGCUGGGGCUGAAGUCGUGGGACCGCAUGUACAUCCCGCUGCCGAUGUACCACACGGCGGGCGGCGUGGUGGGCACGGGCGCGGCGCUGGUGGAGGGCAUCCCGUCCGUCGUCCGCCCCCGGUUCUCCGCAUCCAACUUCUGGACUGACUGUAUCAACUAUCAGUGCACGGUAGCGCAGUACAUCGGCGAAAUGUGCCGCUACCUGCUGGCGCAGCCGCCGCGGCCGACCGACGCGCAGCACCGCGUGCGCAUCAUGGUGGGCAACGGCAUGCGCCCGGCCAUCUGGCAGAACAUCGUUGACAGGUUCAAAGUGCCCCAGAUAAAUGAAAUUUACGGCGCGACAGAGGGCAACGCCAACAUAAUAAACGUGGACAACACAGUGGGCGCGGUGGGCUUCCUGCCGAGGAUCCUGCCGGCCAGCGCGCUGCCCAUCGCCGUGGUGCGCGUGGACGAGCAGGGCGCGCUCGUGCGCGGCCCUGAUGGCUUCUGCAUCCGCUGCGACCCGGGCGAACCGGGCAUGUUCAUCGGUCUCAUUGCCCAGGGGAAUGCUUCGAGGGAAUAUUACGGUUACGCCGACGAGACCGACAGCAACAAGAAGCUAGAACGCGAUGUGUUCCGAAAGGGCGACGCGGCGUUCGUCAGCGGCGACCUCCUGGUCGGCGACGAGCUGGGCUACCUGUACUUCCGCGACCGCACCGGCGACACGUACCGCUGGAAGGGCGAGAACGUGUCCACGGGCGAGGUGGAGAACGCGCUCAGUGCCAGCCCCGCGCUCGGCAACAGGGAGGCCGUGGUGUACGGCGUGUCGAUCCCCCACAACGAGGGGCGAGCGGGCAUGGCGGCCAUCGCGGACCGCGCGCGCACGCUGGAGCUGGCGCGGCUGGCGCGCGACGUGGACGACGCGCUGCCGGGCUACGCGCGCCCGCUCUUCCUGCGCAUCGUCGACGACAUCGACAUGACCAGCACAUUCAAAAUAAAGAAGCUGCAGUACCAGAAGGAGGGCUUCGACCCGGACGUGAUCCGCGACCCGCUGUACUUCCGCGCCGGCGCGCACUUCGUGCCCGUCACCUCCGACCUCUGCAGGGACAUCUGCAGCGGCCGCGUCAAGCUCUAGACUAACACCCAUGCACGCCCCACGCCCCACGCCCCACGCCCCACGCCCCACGCGAGGGAAACGUGCGGUUACAGCGGGUCUCUAUUGUUUCCCAUAAACUUUUAAGUCAUAAUGUAUUGUUUGUCCGCAUUUUUCAUUAGUCAUAAUUUAGUUUUUCUUAGAAACGCGUAACUUUAGAAUUGCCAUAAAACAAACCUAACCUAUCUAUAGGAUAAAACCUUAGGAAAAUCCUGAAAAAAUAACGGUUUCAGAAUUAAAACUAAUGAUAAUCUGACAAUCGUUACAUUAUGACUCAAUAAUUAUGCCAAACAACGGGAUCCCGUUUACAGCACGAGUGUGAUUGACGCGGACACAUUGGGCUAUGAGCGCGUAUGAAAGCGACAAUGUUACAGUUUGUUAGUGUAUAUGUACGGAUAUUGGUUGCGUUUUUAUCAGUUAUGAUGUCAUGCGUUACUAGAGUGUCGAACGAUGAUAUACGAUAAAAGGGCAAUCAUCUUAGGCAAGCCGGCUCAUAUUAUAUUAGCCGUAAUUUGCUUACAUUUCUGGUUCGAUAGUUAUAUUUACAUAAAGACCCAGAAAUCUACCUAUUCGGCCAGUUACUCGUUACAUACAUUAGAGAACUAAGUGUACCUAACGUUGUUAUUUUAUAACUGCGCUUAAAACCCAAUGUUAAGAAGCGAGACGCAUGAGCUUCAUAAAGGAUAUCGUUUUUGUUACAAGUAAUAUUUUCGUGUUGUUUUCUGUAUGUAUACCUAUCUACAAUCUCAUGCGCCUCUGGACUUUACUCGAUGCGUCAGUACUAUUCUUGCACCUCACGUCGCACUUAUUUACCCUUUAAACGCUUUACGUUAUAAACAAAAGCUAGCUAAUGUAAACCUUACUUGAAAGUGUGAAGGUUACUUUGACAGCGUACGUCAUAACAACUAUAGUUGUCCAUGGCGCUGUGGGCACGACUAGUGUUAGACAAGGUUAAAGGGAAAGGUGUCGAGGUCUGCAUAAAAGUAAAAGAUUUUGCUCCAUUAAUGAACAUAUAGUAAUUACCUAUUGUUAUAAGCCGGUACUUAGCUUUCUCUAGCACGUUUUUUUGUGAUUUGGUACAGGGUCGGAGCUAGUAGCGAAACUGGUGUUUCACUUAGGCCGUGUUGAAAACGCUGGCCUGAGACCAGAGUGAAGGCGGAUAAUUGAUUUAUACGAUUAAUUGAUGCUGUACUAUAAUUAGACUACCCUACAUAUAUUAUGAUGAUUGUAAUGUUUAGGUUAUGUUUUUACGUUGUUAACUUAUUUAGUGGAAGUGUUUUCUUUGCACUUCUUUGUGAAAUUCACUAUAAUAUUCUGAUGCGGUUAUCGGUGUUUUACGUGCUAGUAAAAUGGUGGUAGAACUAUUUCCGUAAUUAGUAUGUUACUGUUGGUUUGUGAAUGUUUCAAAUCUGCGAGUGUUGUGGUGGUGCAGGCGAGUAGUCAAUUAGAUGCGUAGGGCAUGUUCAAUAAACACCAGUUUAUAUCUAUUAAUUAUGUUUUAUAAGGAACCAGAGAUUUUAGCAGUAUAUUCUUGAUCAUAAUAAUAUCACGUAAAGUUUUAUGGAAUUAGCCUAGUUUCAGUUAAAACCAGUUAAAAAAAUCUUUUUAUUGUUACUUUGUGAAAAACGCCUUUUUGCCAUCAAUGCGACGCGAUGUUGCCAUUAUGGGACCUAGUCCAAAUAUCCUUAUUGAUAGAUGUUAAAAAGUGACAAGUAACACUGCAAAAACUAGGUUUUACAAAAAAAAAUGCUUUUUGAGUGACAGUUUUACAAAUAGCAUUUACUUUAUGUACAAAUAAUGAUUUGUACAUAAAGAAAAUCCGAUUAAAAAAUAUUUUGCUUUGCGCAAUUUACCUAAACUCAAAUAACAUUUUUUCCUUCUUUUGGCCUCAGAAAUACAUGGCUAAAUUCUCUCGAGUUCCUCGUGUUGUGUACGACAAACAACAAUAAGUACUUGUGUACGAUGCAUUUUUUGUAUAUAAAUAUUCUUUGAAAUAAACAUGGCAGUUCGUCGUUGCGCUUGUAAAUUCCGCUAUGUGAUCUGCCAAAUUUACAGGAUAGAAAACCUUUUGAAAACUACGUUCAGGUUUUAGUUUCAGUUUUCACAUGUCUGAAUUUACUAGUACAACGACGAGUUGGUAGUAUUUUGGUAACCCGAAAUAUUUUUUUCCCCUUACUAGCUCGGAAAGCCGUCUUUUAUCCUUUAAAACAAGCGGGGAAAAACGUAUUUUAUCCACUAGUGGGGAAAGUAAUUUGACCUUGGAUGGAGCGUGUUUAAGUAGCUUUUGACAGAUAACAAAACGGAAAACGCUCAUAAUAAUGGUUCGUUCGAUAUUAAUUAUCAUAAAUAAAUGGUUUGAGAAUUUAAUAAAAAAUACCAAAUUUAGCUUUAAUUAAUGAUUUUAAGUCAUAUACUUACCUUAAAUUUCAUAAGAAACAUUUGUUUUUUAAAUGAUGUUGAAUGUAAUUCUGAACGCACAAGUUGAGUCGAUGCAAUUUCAAAACGCAUCGUCAGAAAUGUCAAAAUUGUCAACAAAAAUUUUCUUACCAACUCCGACACGUAAAAUACACAACUUCCAGAGUUUUCUGUUAUAAUAUCGUAUUAUCGUAAAAAAUGUGUGAUUCCAGUGAUGAAGAUAAUCUAACGCCUGUGGAUGUUGCACUUUCCUCGCUAUAGUGAGGGGAAAAGUUUUGUGUUACACACGGGUGCAAAUGUAUUUUACUUCUCGUGUGUUGAAACACUCGCGGGUAAAAUACAACUUUGCACCCUUGUAUAACAAAUAACUAUUGUAUCUUUAUUUAAAUUCAUUACCUAUAUGUACUACACUGCUAAAAAUGCCUAUAAUUAGUAAGUCAUCUGUAAGCGGAAUUAAAGAUAUUUUUAAAUAUUUCAAUUAUUCAAUAAUUUUACAGCCUUCCUAAUGUUUAACUAAUCAAUUUGAAGCAAUAAAUAUUAUCUAAACCAUUUACCUACAAUAAUAAUGACACUAAGAAUGUGAGAACAAAUAUUUAGUCUAAUACAAAUAUAUGUAGAUAAACUAUAUUGUAGAUAACAUUCCACCAUCUAGUCUCAUAAGCAGUUUUAUUUGGAGUAAAAGUGCACCCAGCAUUCUUUAUGAUUCCUGUUCCUGUUUGAAACAUGUUUUUUUAUUUUUAUUUUAAGACAGUUAUUUCAAUGGAACGUCUAUUAUAUUGUUUGAAAAUUAUUGUAAAUAUGUGUUGCGUGCAGCUGAAAAAAAUUAAACUUGGAAAAACAAAGCGUAACAGUACAAACUUUGUAUGGACAUUCCAUUCAGAUAUCUGUGCCUUGCAACAAAUUGCACUUAGAACACGUACCUAGUGCGCCGUCGAACUGCGCUCCGAAUUUGUUGUUGUAAAUAAAUACCUAAAUUAUAA